GGGUCCCGUCGGCAGAUGCGCCCUGGCUCCGAGGACGGGCGGAGGGAGCCGGAGCCCUGCUCCGCAGCCCGGGCGGCCAGAAGGGCAAACUAAAACUCAGAAAGGGGAAGUUUCGUGCCUCGGGUACCACAGCCAAUGAGUGACAAGGGUCCAGCCUUGACCCCGGAUCUCCAGGGCCACUGGCCUCUCCAACACACCGAUGCCUCCAGGACUCUAAGAAUAUUCUCAACAAACUUGUUACAGCUGGAGAGAGACCUAAGAGAUCUUCUGGUCAGCCGGCCCAGCCCCAGGGUAUCCUGAGAAUGAAGUGGCAGAGACUGUGCUGGUCCCUCACCUGCUUCCUCACUCUCCUCAGCGGGCAUUCGUCCUCCCUGUCCUGCCAGGACUCCGAGUACCAGACAAAGGCGGGCGACUGUGCUGUGUGCCCCGAGUGCCCACCGGGAGAGGAGCCCAAUCAGGAAUGUGGUUCGGGACUGGGAUUGGGGACCAUGUGCCGUGCCUGCAGGCCAGGCACCUUUUCGACCAGCCUGGGACGAAAGCCCUGCCUGCCCCACACUGGCUGUGCCCGGCUGAGGAGGGUCGAGGCCCAGGUGGGGACCACGACCAUCGAUACACGCUGUGGCGGCUGCAUUUCAGGGUUUUAUGACCCCAGAAGGCACCCAGACACCGAGUGCAGGCCUUGUUCUUUGGCACCCAUGGGCACACCUGACUGUGGAGAGCAAGGCCUAGGACGUGGGGGCCGGCAGCGCCGUACCGUGGAGGCCGGGAUGGGGCCGGAGGUCCGCCCCUCAGAGAACGGCACCCAGGCAGAGGUGCCCGAGGAAGCCGCAGCUCAGUACGCCGUCAUCGCUAUUGUUCCCAUCUUCUGCCUGAUGGGUCUGCUGGGGAUUCUGCUCUGCAACCUUCUCAAGAAGAAAGGCUACCACUGUACAGCCCAUAAGGACAGUGGUGAAGAAGCUGGACUCGAGGGCAAGAAUGGGACCAACCCUGCCUAUCGAAUGGAUGACCCCAAUGAGGACACUAUCGGGGUCUUAGUGCGGCUGAUCACAGAGAAGAAAGAAAAUGCGGCCGCCCUGGAGGAGCUGCUGAAAGAAUACCACAGCAAACAGCUUGUGCAGACCAGUUACAAACCUUUGCCCAAGCUGACUCAAGGCCCCCCACCCGUACCUCACAUCUGCCAGCACCAGCACCACCUGCACACAGUGCAGGGACUGGCUUCCCGCUCCGGGUCCUGCUGCUCCCGAUGCAGCCAGAGAAAGUGGCCCGAGGUCCUGCUGUCACCCGAGGCUGCCGCAGCCGCUGCUCCCACUCCCAGCGCGCUGCCAUCCCGAGGUGGCAGCAGCAAGCCCACUCCCAAGGGGAGCCGCCCCGGGGAGAUCACCAUUCUCUCUGUGGGCAGGUUCCGUGUGGCCCGAAUCCCUGAGCAGCGGCCAAGCCCUCCCCCUCCAGAGGUGAAAACCAUCUCGGAGACCAGUGAGGAGGGGGAGGCGGCUGAAGCUCCUCCCCCCGGGCUCCCCCCAGAGAACAGGGCGCUUCUGGGCAGUAGUGGAGGGCGACCCAAAUGGCUGAAAACUCCAGCCUCUGGGGCAACAGAGAGCAAAUCAGAGGAAAAUCGCUACGUGGUCAGGCUGAGUGAAUCCAACUUGGUCAUCUGAAGGUGCCCUUAUGAUCCGCUCAGGCCCAGGGCCCUGAGACAUUGGAGCCUGGGAGCUGGCAGCAACCUGAGGCCCUGAGGGGCCGUCCCCCAGGCCCCCGCACCCUGGGCAGCCCCAGUGAGCUCUGGGAAGUGGGCAGUGGCAGGGGAGAAGAGCUCGCUUCAGCCUGAGCUACCACAGGCAGCUUAUUUUAAAGGAAAAGAUGAUCUUGUCUGGGGAAGAGAGGGAGGGAGGUGCCCAUACUUGAUGAGGAGUGGGCUGCCCUGUUUCCUUGCCCUGUUUCCCCCACCCCCAAUUUCUUCUCCAUGCUAGCAGCAAGCCCCUUCCCUGGUCAUCUGGUCUUUCCCUUGCUCUGAACAGGACACCCUACCCAGCUUCUUGGGUCCCCAAAGAUGGCAUAAUCCCAAGUGGGAAUUUAUUCCCCAGUGCUUCAGAGAUGGGACAUCUUUGCCCAAGUAAGGUUCCUUCCCUGGGGAGCCAUAGAUAGGACAUAGAUAUCCAUCUAUUCAUCCUCAUGCAGGGGUUCCCAGGAACAGCGAAGGGCUCGGACUCUUCUUCAUCAUCUCCCGCCUUCAUCUUUUCCCUCCUGGGCAGGGGAAGUGGCAGGGAAUGCACAGGGGGAAACAUGGAUGGUGGGGAUCCGCUCUCUCGGGAUGUUAGAGCUAGGGUCAUCAAAUCCAAUCACUAGGUAAGUGAGAAGAAGCCUUCCAAAGAUCACAGUGAGUUUGGCAGAGCAAGGACCAGAAUUUGGCUCUCCUGACUCCUGGUGCAAAUGCCCUUUCCAUGCCCUACAGUUACUGGGAAGGAGAUGCUCCCACACACACCACCUCUCUCCCCACCAUUCCCUCACUCUCCUGCACCUGGUCCUAAUCUCCAAGAUGGGGUUUGUCCAUGGGAAGAAAUUUUGGUGGGAUUUGGCUGAGAGACCUGAAGGAAAGGGACUUAGCACUUGGGCUCAAACCCCAAGCUUUGUGCCUCAGUUUCCUCACCUGUAAAAGGAGAGAGCUGAAUGAGACGACUUUUAAGGUUUCUUCCAGUUUUAAAUCUGAUUCUGUGCCCAUCCCUGGCCAUGGGCUUUAGGCAGAAGUCUUAAUUUUUAGUCCCAAGGUUGCUGGGCGAGGAGGCAGCCAUGGAGCAAGAAAAAGAAGUCGAGUUCUGGAUCCAGCUUUGUCUCCCUUAACUUACGUAGGCCUGUUUACUCCUGUAAAAUGAAGGGCUGGUCUUGGUGGCUUUUAAAAAGUCCCAUCCAGCUUUGACAUUCUGAACCUAAUUUGCUACAUGACAUUUUACCUCUGAGCUCCCGUUUACCAGCCCCUGUUCUGCUCACUGAGCCACAAUCUCCCUCCCAUAUCUAGAGGAAAAAGUAUGGCUUGGGGUGAUGCUUGAGAAGUUUCCCCUGCAUUUCCCUGGGAAGAGGACCCCCAUAUUGUUCUCACAGUGCCCCCUCCUGUUCUCACAGUGCCCCCUCCUCCCCAGUGGAGCAGGCUUGUUUCUCUGUGCUUGGGGGCAGGGACAACAUGGGGUAUAUAUAUGUUAUCUCUCGAGUCCUUCCUCUUCCUCUCCCUCAAGCUGGAUCAAUUGCUUUCUUAGAUUUCCCAGCUAGCUGCUCUUGCCUGUGGCCCCCACCAACCAAAGCCAGGGCCUUGCUUCUGCACGAGGAAGGGGGGUGCCUUAAUGCAUGUCAAGCAGCCCCCUCCACCCUGCCCCCCAGGGGUGAAUGGCUGUUUUUAAAUUUAAAAAUCAAACUUGUUCUGUGUUGUCAACUGUAGUUUGGGGGCCUCUUGUCUUACCAUGUCCCAUUUCUUCCUCUCCCUAAAAAAAGUGCUUUAGAAUCCCCAUGGCUCAAAGCUCCGAGCAGUGCAAGGGAAGAUGCGGGCUCUAGGUGCUGACCCCUCCAGUUAGGACCCCUUGGGCUACAGCUGGCCGACUCUCCCCGGGCCCCCAACUUUAUCACCCCCCCACACUCUGUCCAGUUUGCUCUAUUGUGUUCUGUGUUUGCUCCCGGGAGAGAAGUAUGGGUGAUUCAGGUAGCGUCUGGAGCCCGUCCAUCCCGUCUAUUUAUGUGGGUGCUGUGCAGGCCACAGCCCCUGCUGUCACCUCCCCUCCCCUGGUGGGGGGUUGGGCCCUGAAGUUUGGUAACUCUUAUUUAUUGAAUUUAAGUCUUAUCCUCUGUCUCCUGUCUACUCCUUUUAUGCAUUCUCAUCCCAUUUCUUUAAGUUGGAUAAUAAAAAUAUUAGAAAGUGA